AUGUUGGACAAGGCGGCCAUCCGGGCGGCUCGCGACGCAAAUUUGGCAGCUUGCAGAAUGCCAAGGCUACGGUUGAUCCUGUUUGCGCUCUGCGCGACACUCUGGACUCUGUGGCAGGUCCCGGCCGUUCGUGAUCAGCUCAACACAACAGAACGUCUACAAUCCUUGCAAGCGUCAUAUCGGCGCUUAGCUGCUCGGUCGGACAUCCAUAUCGCACUCACGCUUGACUCGGACGAUGUCAUCGGAAGUCUUGCUCUCAUCAACUCGACUAUUCAAAGAGGUUCUUCGGACACACGUUCUCGACUGCAAUGGCAUAUCAUCUCUACAAGUCAAGAAUCUUCAGAAACGUUGCGGCGCUUGCUACGCACGCGUUUCAAUGGCAUCCGGUUACAAACGUACACUAUCUCGCCGAACAUGGUGCCUUUGCCGGCGCAGCUUCAGGCGGGUCAUCGCAACAACAGCGAUGUCGAGCCAAUCGUCGAUGCGCGGUACAUGUUCGGUCAGCUGUUUCCCGACUUUGAUCGCGUAAUCUAUCUUGAUCAGGACACCCUCGUCCUGAAGGACAUCGGACGGCUUUGGCGACAAGACAUGUCAGGCCGACCGUUGGCAGGAGCAGAGCUAUGCCGCGACGCUGCUCUGUUCAGAAAGCAAUCCGACAUGCGCGAGAAUCUGCUCGAUGGAUUCCACCGUGAUAGAUGCACUCUCAAUGAUGGGGUGCUGCUGUAUGACCUCACGCAGUGGCGAGAUGGCCGCUUUGCAAGUGAACUCUGCGGCUGGAUCAGCACUGAGACGAAUACUAAGCUUGACAGUCUCGGCUCGCACGCGCCUUUCAAUUCUGUGUUCUAUCGAAACUACGAGGUUCUCGACGAUUCGUACAACCUUAUGGAUCUUGCCGGCCUAAAGGACGACGAGGGACUGCCCAUCACGCGAAGCGCGCAGGACGUGGAGGAUGCAGUCGUGCUGCAUUGGAACGGCAUCUUCAAGCCAUGGAUGUGCACUAUUUAUUAUUCAGAGCUCUGGCAGCAGUUUGUGCCAGACUAUACCUCCUUCGUCGGUCUCGAUGUUACUUCGCAAGAGUCAUAUGCCCGCGUGUGCACAGAAGGCAUCUGGACUAGCGACGAGUCAUUAUCCCAUCACGAAGAGCAGUUCACUGUCGUCAUUGUAUCUCACGCCCGCGAAGACAAUCUCAUGCGAAUCGCCCAUCAUUUGCGAGAGAGUAAUCUCAUCCGCGACAUCAUCAUCGCCUGGAACAACCAGGACCAUCCGUGCCCAGCUUCGUUACAGCAUCUAGCGAUAUGCGUGCAGCAAGAGUCGAAUUUAGUUCACAACCGGUUCAAAGUAUGGCAACACGUCGUGACAGACGCAGUGUUACAUUAUGAUGACGACAUCAUUAUUCCUCUGGCAGACUUAGAAGCUGGCUUCAGGAUCUGGCGGCGGCAUAGAGACCAGCUACUUGGCUUCGAACCUCGCGUGAUAGACUGCGCGGAUCCCAAUGAUAUGGAAUCGUGUCACUACCGCUUCCAGAUGCGACAAGCUCACUUCGACUUGGUCAUUGGCAAAGCAUUUUUCACGCAUGUGCGAUAUAUGGAAGAUUACAGCUCGAGCAAUGUCUUGAUGAACCUCACGAAGAAAACGCCCUGCGAGGAUCUGGCGAUGAACUUCCUUGCGGGCAGUCUAUCGCACAAGCCGCCGCUAUGGAUGAAAUCCAACAUUACGGAAAUAACCUCGACCAUGUUCACCGGGCUAUCUCAGGGUAUCAAGUCGGCGAUCUGGCGUGACGCGCGGCAUGACUGCAUCAGGCAGCUGCACGCGAUCUUCGGCAAGCGCACCGUCUGGCCGCAACGGUCCAAAUUUCAGCGCCAUCCUACCUUGUCAGAUCGCAUAUUGAAAUUGCAAAUACCACCUGGCGACUCCUGGUGUUCCGACAAGGACGGCGCGCGGUCUGGUCUCGCUAUACGAGCCGCUCAAAGCAAGCUGGCAAGGCUCUUACGCCAGAGUCGUCGCGUUCUCUCGGGCCUGCUGGCCAUGCUAGACAGCCCGGCGGCCAUCCGAAAAGCUCGCGACGCAGUGCCGGCAGCUUGCAGGAUGCCGAAGCUACGGCUUGCUCUCUUUGCGCUCUGCGCGACCGUCUGGGCCCUUAUGCAGAUUCCGGCCGUUCAUGAUCAACUUGCUGAUCAGCUCACCGCGCCAGAGCGUCUGCGACCUUUGCAAGCAUCAUAUCGGCGCUUGGCUGCUCGGUCGGACAUCAAUAUUGCGCUCACGCUCGACUCAGACUAUGUUAUAGGAAGUCUUGCUCUCAUCAACUCAACCAUCCAGACAGCUUCUUCGGAUACGCGGUCUCGAUUGCAAUGGCACAUCGUCUCCACGAGCCAAGAAUCUUCGGAGAGGCUACGGCGCUUGCUACGGACGCGCUUUAGAGGCAUCCGAUUAAAAACGUAUACGAUUCCGCCGGACUUGGUGCCUUCGACGACGAAAGUCUGGGCAGGCUAUCGAAGCGACAGCUUGAGCAAGCCGAUCGUGUAUGCGCGAUACAUCUUUGGUCAGCUGUUCCCCGACUUUGAUCGCGUCAUCUACCUCGAUCAGGACACCCUCGUCCUGAAGGAUAUCGGAAGACUGUGGCGGCAAGACAUGUCAGGACGGCCGGUGGCAGGGGUGAGGUUAUGUCGCGACGCUGCUCUCUUCAGAAAGCAGUUCGUCAUGCGCGAGAACGUGCUCGAUGGGUUUGAUCACGACGAAUGCACACUCAACAAUGGCGUGCUGCUGUAUGACCUCACGCAAUGGCGAGACGGUCGCUUUGCGAAAGAGCUCUUCGGCUGGACAAGUGCCAAUGCAGACACAAAGCUGUACAGUCUAGGUUCGCAGCCGCCCUUCAAUCUUGUAUUCUACCGGAACUACAAGGUUCUCGAUGAUUCGUACAACCUCAUGGAUCUCGCCGGCCUAAAGGACGACAGGAAAGUGCCCAUCACACGUAGCGCGCAGGACGUGCAGAACGCAGUCGUGCUGCACUGGAAUGGCGUCUUCAAGCCGUGGAUGUGUAAGAUGUACUGGGCAGAGCUGUGGCAGCAAUAUCUACCAGACUACGAGCACUACCUACCUCACGACCCAAAGACGCUCGACGGCUACCUAAAGACAUGCGAUGACGGCGUUGUCACCGAAGGUCAUCAGGUCUCGCGGGAGCAAAGCGGCUUCACUGCCAUCAUCUCAACGCGAGGCAAGGCAGAUUCGAUCUUAAAAAUUCUGCGAACGCUCCGACACAGCACUUUCUUGCGGGACGUCAUCGUCAUCUGGAACAAUCCCAACAAGGAAUGCCCGGCGUCGCUGGGAACGGUGACGCAAUGCAUACAAGGCACGUCAGACGGUUCGAUCAGCUGGCAUCAAGCAUGGCCAUACAUCAACACGAAGACCGCUCUUUUGCUGAACGACGAGACAAUCGUGCUCACAAGCGACCUCGACGCCGCAUUCCAGACUUGGAGCGCAUUCCCCGAUCAGUUGCUGGGAUUUGAGCCUCGCGUUCUCGCUUGCGAACAAAAUAGUUGCGAGUCAAGUCGGCUGCUGAGUGACGGCCAGUUGAAUCACCUCUCGAGCAACGCAAUCUUUACCCAUGUCAGAUAUCUCGAAGAAUUCUCGAGGGCUUUUGGGCAAAACAAGGCACUGGAUGCCUCUUGCACCGAUCUCGCAUUCAGCUGGCUCGUCUCGUACCUGUCGGCCAAGCCACCUCUCUACUUUAAAGCAAACCUGACUUUGACUUCCUCGAGCGCACGACCGGAUCGAGCGUCGCCCGUACCUUCUGCUGUCACAUCGUGCACCUACGACCUGCGUCACCGCUUCGGCAGGGAUUCUCUGCAGAACGCGACCGCUUAUCAUCAUUUUGAUCGCAUCACACAACAGAUUACGAAAAGUAGUAUCCCUCUGUCGGACUGCGUUGCCUAUGACAGACACGGUCCACAAGAUCCUACCACUUGCUUGCAUUAG